UUUUAAAAGGCAAGAAAGGAUAUUACAAUAAAAAGUUUCCUUUUAGACAAAAACCUCUUAAAGUAUGAUAAAAAUUUUAAUAAAAUAAAACAAAAAGAACAAAAAUUUAUAUUAAUAACAAAAAAUAAACUAAAAAUUAAUAAAUCUGCAAAAAGCACAAAUACAAAUUCAAUAAAAGAAAAUAAAAGUUCCUUUCAUGUAAGUUUUUACAAAUACAAGCAUACAACACAGUCUAUGUAUCUACAACAAUUACAAUAUUUUAGAAGAAUACCUAUAUAACAAAAACGAAAAAAAUCAAAAAAUUAUUUUUAUCAGCCAGCUUCUUGAAUAAUUAUCAUCUCUUAAAUAUAGGAUAGCAACAACAAUAUAAAACAUAUGAAAUUAAAAUUUGUGAACUCUCUCAGUCAGCUUUGAUUAACUCAAAAAUUUGUCUUAUAGUUUUUUCAAAAAUCAACAAAAUUAUAGUAGAAAAGGAAAACUACAUAUUGAAACAAAAGAAUUUAGAGACGCAGAGAGAAAGACAAAAAAGAGAGAAAGAGAGUAGAAAAGUUUUUAGAGCAACAUUUUUGCAGCAUCCGAAUUUGUAAAAUUUUCCCCUUUUUAUGUUUUCUCUCUCUCUCUUUGGCUACAUUAUAAGUAAAUAUACAAGGAUAUAGUACAGAAUAAAAAUUAUAUUUGACCUCGAAUUGUGGGUGGUUUACCACCUCAAUUUUUGUUUCCUUGCGAUAAUUUUUGUUUUUUCCUUUCUUUUCAUAUUUUUUUUUUGAAACAAUUAGUUUUAUGUCCCAUUUUAUAUACAAAUGUAAAAAAGAGAAAAAAUAUAAAAACAAUUUCUAUAUUUCUUUUUUUAUAUAUACGCAUAUAUAAUAAUGAAAAAAAAGUAUAUUGUAAGUUCUCUCACGGCAAUAAAAUUACAAAAACAAAAGUAACAAGAAAAACGGAAAAAAGGAUAUUCAAAAUCUGAACUAAAACUACAAGUAUAAAAACUACACGUAUAUUUAUUUAGAGAAAAAAAAAAAACAAAAAAUAUAAAUUUCAUAUUAAAGUACAGAAACAAUAACAAAAACAACAUCAAUUUAUAGCAGCAAAAAAAAUAAAACAAAAAAACAAAAAUAAAAAAAUAAUAUCAUCUUAACUUGUUUCAAUUUGAUGACCAUGAGGAGUGGCAGUUCUGAACUAUUACUCGAACAGCAACAACAAGAAUUACGGUUACGUAAAAUAAAGGAACUGGCGCCUAAAAAGAAAAAUGGUAAUCGACGUUUUAAAUCAUGGCGUGAACGUGUUCGUUUUUAUGGUACAUCAACAUUGGCAUUUUUUUCGGUAACAGCUGGUGCAUCAUUAUUAUUUUUGGUACCAUUAUAUGUUGAUCCAGCUAUAUCAACACUUAGUCAUGAAUUUAUUGAUACACCAACAUUAUGUACAACUGUUAGACGUGAAGAUCGUAUUGGUAUAUUUAAUUGUACAUGGAGUUCAUGUCGCGAAGGUUGUACAUCAGAUAUGUACAAAUGUACACAUAUAUUUGUAACAUUUAUUGAACAAAAUAUAACAAUACCAGAAAAUUAUACAAGUAGUAUAUUAACAAAUUUUACAUCGGAUAUGGAACAAUCAGAUGAAGCAACAUUAUUAGUUAAUAUUAAAGGUUGCGGUUAUCCGCCAAGUGUUAAAUGUAAACAAUUUAAUGAUUUUUAUGGUAUUGAAGGUGCUAUUUAUCCGUGCUAUUAUUCAAAACGUAAUAAAACUGUUGUAUUAACAAAAUAUAAUCGCGAAGAACAAAUAUCAAUGAUUGUAAAUUUUUUUGCAAUACCAUUUGUUGUAACUGUAAUAUCAUCAAUAGGUUUAUGUAUUAUGCAUUGUGAUUGUAGAUGUAAAAAAGAUCGAAGUCAUCGAAGAGGUCGCGGUCAAAUGAGACGACCAAGAAUCGAUAAUUUAAGUGAUACAUCAAUAUCAACACGUGUUGAUAUGCUAACACCAGCUAUUGAAGUAUAUAAACCACCACUCUGACAUAAGGAUGACACUUUGGAGAGCAAUCUUGGUAUUCCAUCAACUAGUAGUGAUCUUUAACAUAGGCUUAAUUACUAAUGCCCAUUUAAAUUAUAUAGCUACUUAAUGAUAGAAAAAAAAAUAAUUAAAAAAAAAAUAGAAAAAAAACCCAUUUGUUCUUCCAUUAUAGUGUCAAUCAAAGUCUUUAAUUAAUUUUAAAUAAUGUGUAAACAAAUUUAGAAAAAGAAAAAAAAACAAUUAAUAAAGUAUAUUAUAAAAAACAAAGUUAAAAGAAAUUGAAACAAUGGAAUUUGAUUAGAAAUAUUGAAAAAAAAAAUAAGAAAACAAAAAAUUCAAUUUAAUAUAAGUAAAAUUAAUAAUAAUAAAAAAAUUACACAAUAAGAAAUUAAUAAAGAAUUUAUAAAAAAAACAAAUUUAUAAUUUAUAAAAUUAAUAAUAAAAAGUAGAAUUGCCCGGAAUUAAAUUAAGAAAAAAUUAAGGAAUUAAUAAGAAAAAAUAGAUGGUUAUAAAAACAAAAAAUAUAGAAGAAGAAAAAUAAUGAAAAAAAUUAUAGUAGAAUGAUUAGAAUAUUAAAAUGAAAACCCGACUUUUAAAAUACAUAUAUACAUAUAUAUAUAUAUAUGAAUAUAUAACAGUACUCGUAUAACAGAUGUAUAACAAAUAAAAUUAUAAUUAAAUAAAUUAAUAAAUUAAUUGUUAUAAUGUGUGUAAAAAUUUUUUUUAACAGAUUGAAUUUGAUGAAAAACCAAAAAAAAAAGAAAAAAUAAAAGCAAUUUGUUGCAUUCUGAGGUGAAAAAAUACAAUAGUGUUAUAUAAAUAAUUAUAUAUUAUAUAAAAAAGUUAUAUAAUACUACGUACAUACAUAAUUCUAUAUUCUAUGUUUUUUUUUAAACAUAGAAUAAAUGUUUAUACAGAAAAUUGUCAAAAGAAACCAAAAAAAAAA